ACGGUGAAUCUAUUUCAUACCACCACAUGGAUAGAGAGACAAAACACACAAACCAACAAAAGGCUGCAUCCACAGAUGCGCCUAAAACUAACAUAAACAGGGUUGCGUCGCAGGACGUGUUGAGGUGCAAGUCACCAGUGACACGAUACUCUGAUGCCCCUAUCUCGCAAACGGAUGCACCCAAUAGGGCAGCGUCCGAGGCACCAAAGGAGAGGGCAGCGGCUGAGGAAGCGCCAAACCGGGAUGCACCCUUAACCGUGCCCACUCCAAUGGUAUCUCAUACACCACCACACAAGGAUGCGUCCACUGUUGCGGCCAGGCUGACUGCGUCGGUCGAGCAGAAGAUAGCAACUCCGAAGGAUGAUACAGCAAUGUCUGCGUCCAUAGGGGGGGCAUCCGAAGCAAGAUCGAUGCGGAAGACCGAGGCUGCGACGAUGAGCACGUCCAGUGCACAAACCUCGACCAUGGACAUGUCGGCCCUGAAAUCAGCGAUUCAGGAAUCGACUCCCAGGAUGGUCCUAAGCUCCUCAAAAAGGCGACGGCUCAGGAAGGCCAAAAGAGCGACGGAACAGCAACAGCUGAUUACCGGCUCUCAGAGGAUACCUGAGAACCCUGGAACUGCCCCCGCGGUUACCACAACUGCAGGACGCGGGAAAAGGGCACCGAAGCCGACUGGGUCCUCUGCCGCGCUCAAGCCUAUUGGCUCUAGGUGCGGUAAAGGACCUAGAGGGGGGUACCAAACCAAAAACCCAAACCAAACCAAACAACAAACAAAGGGCCAGAAACGCGAUCGGCCAGAGGAAACCGUGACACCGACUGGGGAGAGUAAAAGGGUUAAACCUAACAAACUCCGGCUGGAGUCAGGGACCUCGGCCAGUUACGCGGAAGCGGCAGCAUCCUACAAAGCCAACGAGCUUUGUGUUGCCGUGAUGACUGAGCCCUUUAUAGACAUGACACAAGAACAGGCAGAUAACAUCCGCCUACAAAUCGAGGGUAAAAUCCAAGAUGAGCUCAUGGCGGAUCUUGAAGCUACCCUAGCAACUGAACCCAACGACAUCAGAUUCCGGGGAAGAGCCCACUUCUCAGAUGGUGUCCUCAAAACUUGGUGCGAGGAUACCUACACGCUGGGAUGGCUUACCGGAGCAUGCGAUGUCAUCAAUAAUCCGAUACCGGACACCAAACUGGUGGUACGGCCUCAGUCAGACAUUCCGAAGAAGGUGCCGUGCUUACUGCAUGUUCCAGAGUUCACUGGUAGCACGGAAACUUUACGGAAACUGAUCACCAGGCAAAACCGCCACCUAAACAUCAGAUCUUGGACCCUGACUCACGAACGUAGAACACAGGACCCGACAGGCGUAUCUUUGUUCCUUCGUGUUCCGGAAUAUGAGAUCUCAAAGAUCAAGGCUCACGAACGUCGCAUCUACUAUCUGAUGGGGAACAUCUAUAUCCGAAUUCUGGAAAAGGAUGAACCCUCAGUGGUAGCUGCCGCCACAGUAACUACUGCCAGUACAUCGGGGACGGGAUCCUCGGGGCCAAAGCCGCCCUCGUCAACGACGGAGAUAGCCGCGGUUGCCGAGGUAAACGUCCCCAUGGAGACAGCUCAACAACCACCCUCACCGGUGCAACUAACCUCGGAUGACGAGUUCUUUCAGGAGACAGGGGGGAGUGAAUUCAGCGACAGCUGUUUGCGCUCCUCCCCCUAACCGGACUGACCUUAUCCAGACCAACCUCCAGCACAGCCAAACAGCGUCGGCUUCACUACGCAGACUGCUGGAGACCAACCCGAAGACCAUUGCCGCGAUCCAGGAGCCGUGGAUCAGGAAUGGCAAGGUAUGCGGCCUGGGUAACACCGGUGGUAAACUUUUGCUGGAUACCUCAGGACCUUACAACCAUUAGGUUACCUAGGGACGCACAUCCAGACAUCGUCCUGGCGUCCGCCUACCUACCGGGUGACGAGGACGUGCCCACUCCAGAACUCGGCCUUCUGGCUGACUACUGUGAGAGGGAGAAACUGGAGCUUAUAAUCGCAGCAGACUCCAACGCGCACCACACGCUAUGGGGUAAUGCAAAUACCAACGCUCGAGGUGAGAAUAUGCUUAACUUCAUUCUUAGCAAUAAUCUUAUCUUAGCAAACAGCGGCUCUGAACCAACCUUUAUCAACGCACGCUCGCAAACCAUAAUCGAUCUAACAAUGGUGACCUCUGGUCUGUCAGAUCACAUACAGGAUUGGCAUGUCUCCAGAGAGCUAUCAUGCUCAGAUCACAGGUGGAUCCGCUUUACAAUCAAAGGGGAGCUACCUAAACCACAACCACGACGCAUACCUCGGAGAACUGAUUCAGUAAAAUUUUACAAUAUAAUCGACUCAGAGGUAAGCAAACUAACAAUACCAACCACCAUUGAUGUACAAGACAUAGACAAACAUGUAAAUAACCUAACGUCCCUACUCCAGACCAGCUUUGAACGGUCGUGUCCCCUUACCAUGCCUAGGUGGGGGAGUAGACAUAACUGGUGGUGCCCCGAACUGGAGAGACACCGAAAGAAGGUCAGGAAGCUGUUCAAUAGAGCAGGAAAUACCCGUUUACCUGCCGACUGGGACAAGUACACAAUCGCGAGAAGACGAUUCAAAAAACUUUUACGCUCUAGGAAGCAAGAGUGCUGGAGACACUUCUGCACCAGCAUUGAAAGCAACAACCAGGCAACCAGAGUGAAAUCAUGCCUCUCUAGUGAGCCUUAUCACUCAAUUGGUUGUCUUAAAAAACCUGAUAAAUCAUUUACAAAAACCGAUGCAGAAACA